AUGCUGAAGCGUAGUUCAAAAUUUCUCACCAUGCUCGGAGCGCCGAUUUUGACUUGUUCAGCUUCAACUUCUUCUCAGCUGCUAUCAGAGUAUCCAUUAUACGGACCUGAAUCGAUCAUGGCUCGGAAGGCGCAUGGAACUUGCCCGAAAGGAGUCCAGCUGAAUUUGCGAUGGGGUUGCGAUCAAAGCCUGGCAGAUCGAAUCACGUGUUACAAUCGCCACUGGGCCGAGAAUUUCGGAUAUUGGCUCGACACGGACUUUUAUGAUUUUGCCAUCAAACAGACUGAGCCGAUUACGUUUUACGAUUCGGUCACUGGAAAGCCGCUUUUCAAGGCGCCCAUCGGACGAACGAUGAGUGGAUUUCUAAAAGAAUCGCAAGAUCACGGCUGGCCAAGUUUCAGAGACGAAGAAGUCGUUUGGGAGAAUGUCAGAAUGUCUCAAUACCCAAUUGUCGGUGAUGAAAGCAUCAUGAGCCAGAAAAAGCACGGCACUUCUGAUGCUCCUGUUCAGAAAGAAUUGCGAUGGAAAUGCAACUAUGAUACCGCAGAUUCCGUUUGCAACUUCAAUCGCCAUUACGCCGAGCAUUCUGGUUAUUUUCUUGAAACUAGCUUUUUGAACGAGACAAAAGAGGGCACCGAAAUAACCUUUUACGAUUCAGGAGACAUGUUUUCGUGCACAGCGGAUCACACCAAAUCCGAGACCUUGGGCAGAACUUGGAAAGAAUUCGUCGACGAAAGCAAGGCGCAUGGAUGGCCGAGCUUCAGAGACGAAGAAGUCGUCUGGGAAAACGUCAGGACUUUAAAAGAUGGCGAAGCGGUUUCUCUUACGGGCACUCACUUGGGCCACAAUCUGCCAGACAAGAAGGGGAAUCGAUACUGCAUCAAUCUCUGCUCUGUUGCUGGACAACCUAAAGAAACAUGA